CACGUUGCGGUAUCGUAGUACAAAAAAAAAUCUGUUUGCUGAAAUGUAGUCUGACGUAGGCUUCUCAAGCUAACGGACCGAUACGAUGUAAUGUCUGUAGUGCUUUUUGUGUGUAUUUUCACCGUUCCACCCGGCGCUGCAGUCAGUCAGUCAGUCACGCACGCAGCGACAGCAUGUGUAUCGACGGAUUGGCCAUAUAAAGUGCGUUAAAACUCUCCGUGACGCGUGUAUCGGCUAAAUAACAGCCCGUUUUGGGCAGAGACUCGUCGGAGACGCUAACUAGCGACACAGAUGGCUUUAUGGGAGGGAAUGCAUUCGCUGUCGUCGGGGGUAAUGGGAUCUGUGCGGUUAUAUGCAGCCCGUCGGUAGGGCACGAGAGCCAGACUGCAGCUGAAAGCACCGGGAUCUCGCUACAUCUGCAGCUUAUAAUAUAACCACCGGCCAUUUUCAGGCGGGGGAUCAAACACGUCGGGCUGCAGAUGGGCUUUAAUAUCGGUCUAAUGAAGUAAUUUGAAGCCCAUACUUCAGUCCCCGAGCGUGUGAUGAUAGGAGACACAAUGACGCUUUUGUCUCUUUUGGGUCGCAUCAUGCGUUAUUUCUUGCUCAGGCCAGAGACCUUGUUUCUGUUAUGUAUAAGCUUGGCCCUUUGGAGUUACUUCUUCCACACGGACGAGGUGAAAACCAUCGUCAAGUCCAGCCGGGAUGCCGUCAAGAUGGUGAAGGGAAAAGUGGCGGAGAUGAUGAUGAACGACAGACUCGGCGGUCUGGAUGUGCUGGACGCGGAGUUCUCCAAGACCUGGGAGUUCAAGAACAGCAAUGUAGCGGUGUACUCGAUACAGGGCCGGAGAGACCACAUGGAGGACCGCUUUGAGGUCCUAACCGACCUGGUGAACAGGAGCCACCCUUCAGUCUUUGCCAUUUUUGACGGCCACGGCGGGGAGGCAGCCGCUGAUUAUGUGAAGGCCCACCUACCCGAGGCUCUGAAACAACAGCUGCAGGCCUAUGAGCGGGAAAAGAAAGACAGCCCUCUGUCCUAUCCCGCCAUCCUAGAGCAGCGCAUUCUGGCUGUGGACCGGGACAUGGUGGAGAAGUUCUCUGCCAGCCAUGAUGAAGCAGGCACGACGUGUUUGAUAGCCUUGUUGUCAGACCGUGAACUGACUGUGGCAAAUGUCGGAGACUCUCGCGGCGUUCUCUGCGACAAGGACGGCAACGCUGUGGCCUUGUCACAUGAUCACAAGCCUUACCAGCUGAAAGAGCGCAAGAGGAUCAAGAGAGCAGGUGGCUUCAUCAGUUUCAACGGUUCUUGGCGUGUGCAAGGCAUCCUCGCCAUGUCGCGCUCACUCGGUGACUACCCUCUCAAGAACUUGAAUGUGGUCAUCCCAGACCCAGAUAUCUUGACCUUUGACCUGGACAAGCUCCAGCCGGAGUUCAUGAUCCUAGCCUCCGACGGCCUGUGGGACGCGUUCAGCAACGAGGAGGCCGUACGCUUUGUGCGGGAACGCUUGGAUGAGCCGCACUUUGGCGCCAAGAGCAUUGUGCUGCAGUCUUUCUACCGCGGCUGUCCCGACAACAUCACUGUCAUGGUGGUGAAGUUCAAGAGCAGCUCUGGGAGCAAAACUGGAGAGUAGUUGGACUCAACUAAUAAACAGCCUCAACCGAUCAAUAAACAGCCUCCGUUGUCUUUCCAUUAAUGCAUAUUGCAAGACGCUAGAUGGUGUAAUAUGAGACAAACAUUUUUUUCUCUCACAAUUACAAUAAACUGUACAGACACACGUGUAAACACGUGCAUUCCCAGAUUUAUUGUAAUUUUUUUUUUUUUUGGUGUGUGCCAAAUGGACACUUUAUGGAAAAUUAUUUUGUAAUUACUCCUUUUUCAAUUCCUUAAACUGUAAAGAUGUAUCCUGACCUUCCUUAUUCAGAGCAAUAUUAUUUGUGAAACAGCAAUUGGCAGAAAUGGUAGAAGGACAUUUAUUGCCUUGAAGAUGCACAUGCAUAAAUAUCAUGUUUCUUUUUUUUUUCAAUUAAGAAGAUGAUGAAACCAUAACCAGCUCUUGAAUUUGGAUGUGCAUGAUUCAUUCAUAUCAGUUCAAGGCAUUAAUGCCAAUUUACACUGGUGCUGCUCAUUAGUUAGUUUAAAUGAGGGUGGAAUAAGGUUGUGCUAGAUUAAGAAUGUUACACUUUGAUUAAACUCCAUAAUAGGUAAUGUCCUAUUCAUUCUAGUCAUUCCUGCUCAUUUAAGCCAAGGUUUUAAUGGUUAUAUGAAUGCAAAAGUGGCCAGAUUGAAGGUAGAAUGUUGCUGUAUGUAAUUAUUUUGUGAAGACUGUUGAAUUAAUACUGGCAAACAGUCCUCCAACUUUCCUCCUAUUUUACAGAAAAAAAAUGGCACCAGCCCCAAUCUACACAAAGGUUUAAAUGCUUGCACUGUGUGAAAUGUAUGUGGGAGAUUAAAGUGAUAAAUAAACCUAA